UUGCGACUUUCCAAAGUCAGCAGGAAAGCGACAAUUGUGUAGUCAAAAAACUAGACAACCGAUAAGUCGCAAGGUUCGCGAAGCAACUACCCCGCCGCCACCCAUGUGGCUCGCGCGUGGUGGCGGGGACCCUUCGAUUUGUCACCCAGAAUGAUGGCAUCAUUGCCGCGGUCCAUUCCCUUUUCCCAUCUCAAGCGGCGAAACUCUCCCAAUCGCUUAUAUACAUAAAAAACAACAAACUAUUCUUACCAAAGUAAUUCUCCCUUGUUGUGCAAAACACCCCAAAACUACGCCAAUCUGAAGCUCCUUACAGUCUUCCUCUUCAUCUUCCUCUCCUACCUUUCCAUGUCCUUUCUGACUAAAUUCUUCCGCCCUUUCAGCAGUAUGUCGAAUGCGCCCGCACAGCCCAUGAACGUACCCUCGGGUGCGCAAACCGCGACCGUUGCCGCAGGAUGUUUCUGGGGCGUCGAGCACAUGUACCGGAGGGAGUACAAGGGCAAGGGCCUGUACGACGCGCGCGUUGGAUACAUUGGCGGUGAUAGCGAGAACCCAGGGUACAGAGCCGUGUGCAGUGGACGCACUGGUCACGCCGAAGCCCUGCAAGUAGUCUACGACCCCGAAAAAGUCACCUAUCGCUCCCUCCUCGAGUUCUUCUACAAGAUGCACGAUCCCACCACCGAGAACCGCCAGGGACCCGAUGUUGGUACCCAGUAUCGCUCUGCCAUCUUCUACCACGAUGCCGAGCAGGAGAAGAUUGCGCGCGAUGUUACCGACAAGGUGAACAAGCAAUGGUGGAAGGGUGGUGUUGCGACGGAGAUCCUGCCAGCGGGGAAAUGGUGGGAUGCGGAACAAUACCAUCAACUGUAUCUGGACAACAACCCGGGAGGUUACGAGUGCCCCAGUCACUUCUUGAGGAGUUUCCCACCGCUGCAGGACUAGCGUGUUGGAAUAGGAUAUAUGAUCGCUAUGUGUGCAAUGUAGAAUGACAUGUCUCACGGCAUACCUAUCUCGCUUUUGUCGGUGCCUGCACGUUUGCACAAGCAUCAGUAAUCGAUGCGCCCAAGUUAUGGUAUUGAUGAUCUUGUUCACAUUCCCAAACUAUAAGAUAUAUAUCUACGAUGGGGGCAUAACCUCGAAAGUCUGCGCAACCUCCUUCUCCCAACCGAGUCGAUCUUUUCCAAAGAUUUCCGCUCCAGGCUGGAAGUUCUUGAUACCGUCGUCCAACAAUCCUGUCCUGAGUACGAUACUAUCAGGACCUAGGACUUCUUGC